UCUCGGCACGGUUGAGAGUGCUUUGAGAGACGAAUUUUGUUGGAGCGUGAGCUGAUGCGCUCCCGCGUUGGGGUCGGUUGGGUUUGCUCCAAACUGGAGACAAUCGGAUCGGUCAGUCAUCGGUUGGCGUACGGUCGGUUCGGUUCGGUUAGGAUUGUGAAGGCGACCCGCGGCUAGAAGUAUUAAAGUGGUUUUAAGGUGUUUUUUUUAUGUUUUGGAUGAAUAGACAUUGGACAUUAAUUUUCAUUCUUGGAAUGAGUAGACAAGCUGAGCUUCAUCAGCAAAAGAGACGGUCGGAUUCUAAACAUCGGGUGCUCCAGUGACAUUUCCGUUUAGGGCAAAACCUGCGGGUGUGGGUGUUUUCCUGCGCCAAAACAAACUAAGGCCAGACUUCAGACGGAACUCAUGUGCUAAGUGGUGGGAGUGAAACAAUGUCUGAGCCUUCCCGGAAUGGAUUAAUUUGGCUGGCUUUCGGUGGAAUCUAGUGCUGGAAAAUUUCCACUUGCAACGGGACCUCUCCUCUUGAUAUCAAAGAGCAUCCUCGCGGCACAAAAAAGGGAGGAAGUGGUGUUGUAGGCAGAAAAUCGAUUAGAAAUAUUUCGGUCGAAUAGCUCCGUGAGUGUGAGUAUGUGCGUAAAAGUCGAACCGUGAGCGGCCAAAUAGCGGGCAAUUCAGAGACCGCACAUUUUCCAAUCAAUACCGAAGUGCAUCUCCGCCGUGCCGAGUUGGGGAACCAGGAUUGGGCAGAAAAAAAAAUUGCCUAGACAAGUGGAGGGUGGGAAAAUUUGUUGAGGUUCGAUAAAUCUGCAAACGCUGGAAAAGCUGCAGCACCAGCAGCAGUACAGUGAAUUACAGUGAGUGAGCCGCGAGUAAAUUGCCACCCCUGCCUUGUGAGAAAGAGCCGGGGGUUGCUUGCGAACCUGGAAAGAUACAGAGAGAGGAAGAUAAAGCUCCUACUACAGAGCCGGUGGUUGUGCUACAGAAAUCCAACAUAAACCGUGAGGUGUCCUGUUUAACGUUUGCAUCCAUUUAUGACCGUCAAUUGUAGUUCAAGGAAAAUAGUUAAUCAAUCUAAGUGUUACUAGAUGUUGUAGAAGGAUUCGUGUUUCUGAAGGCAGUGGUGAUUUUGCACGGAAUUUUUCCCCCACGACAUAACCCCACAUAACCCCAGGUAUCGUACCACUCCGCCGUUGCUCGUGGUCGUACAUAUCCUUUUGAUCGAGGAAAGGAGCAGUCGCAUGUGACAAAUUGCUUGUUCGUGUGUUUCCCUGAGUGCGAUUAUUUAUACGCUUGUGGUUUGGUACAAGUGGAAAAAAUAUAUAGGGAAAAGGUGGAGAAAUUAUAACCAUUAAAAGCGUGCGUUCGGUUCGGCAAAGAAGAUCAUUAUAGUAGUGUGGAGGAAAACCCUGGAAAACCGGGCGUGUUGCGUUGCGGCGUUGUUCGGCGAAGAAGACCGAAAAGUGCAUAAUCUCGCCUAUUAGCGCUGGCUGGUGGUGAACCAAAAACUGCGAGAGUCGAAUUGUGGAGUGUUGGGUGAACGGCGAAAAGCCUCUAGCGGGAAAGUCCGAGUAGUGGUGGACAGCCGUGGACGAACGACGAAAAGGAUCAAAUUAGUCAAUGAGAAGGUCGUUUAUUCAGCAGCUGAUUGAGAUGGAUUUCCGCUAAUGGUACCGGAUAGGUGUAGGUUCGCGUUCAUCGAACUGCUACUACUUGUACGGACCUGCAACACCAGCAGCCAACUGCUGCUGUGAUGACGGAGCUUGUGGCACCCGGAACAAUGGGAACGACGACGACGGUUACAGCAGCACCAACCACGACGACGUCGACGUCAGUGAUGUUUUAUCAGUGAAAUUGAAUUACCUACGUUGAGUUUUCCCGCGUGUGCGUUACCAUUGGGGUAUUGGUACGUCGCCGUAGGCAUGUGAAUAGUGGAACCCGUGUGUACUCGCGUGUGUUUUUGUAUGAUUUCGUUCCCGUGAAAUAAUCCUACGGAGAAGAAAGGGACCCGUGUGUAAACCGGGAGGGGCGAGGCUUGAAGCAAUCCUUUGAAGAUUAGAGGGCAGAUUAGUAGACGGCGAGGACCUAGCGGAACGAAAGCAGAACACUUCCCUAUACGAUGGUGGAAUCGGCCACCAUGAACCGGACCAGUCCGGCAGGCUCCACAUCCAUCGUGGCGGCCGGUGUUCGCAGCGGGAUUCUGGAAACGCGUGUUCGCGGCGCCUGGUAUCGGGUGUCGGUUACGCUGGAAACGGACUACAUCUCGGUCAGUUUGGACGAAACGUGCGAACCGGUCGAUCACAGUACCACGCUGAAUGGAACGCUGGGGAGCAACCACAGCGGUAACAAUGGUUCGAACAAUUCGUCGCAGCCCUCGUCUGCGGGUGCAUCCGGGCCAUCGAUCCACUCGUCCGAAAACCUGAGCAACGGAGGCGGAGCCCACCAGAAUGGCACCAGUGGGGGUGGUAUUGGUGGUGGCGGCGGCGUUGGCGGUGUGACGACCCCGGGAGCCGGAAGCAGCACACUCAACGGCGGAGGCAGCCUCAAUGGGGACAAUUUCCUCAACAAUAACAACACCAAUAGCAUCAACAACGGUGGCAUCGUCAACGGAAAUAGUAAUGGACUGAGUGGGGGUGGCAACAUCUUGAACAAUAACAGUGGGGGAGCGGGAAGUGGCGGGAGUGGCAGUAACAACAACAGCAUCGACAACGGAAUCGCCGAAAUUUGCGACGUACCUGACUCGGUGGCGAACCAGAAACGACACGUCCGCGUCAUCAAGUCCGACAACAACGGGCUGGGUAUCUCGAUCAAGGGCGGUCGGGAGAACCGAAUGCCCAUCCUGAUAUCGAAAAUCUUCCGCGGCAUGGCGGCGGACAACGCCAAAGGGCUGUACGUGGGCGACGCGAUCCUGUCGGUGAACGGCGAGGACCUGCGGGAUGCCACCCACGAGGAAGCGGUCCGUUCGCUGAAGCGAGCCGGCCGGGUGGUGGAUCUAGAAGUCAAAUUCCUCCGCGAAGUAACCCCCUACUUCCGGAAAGCGAGCAUCAUUUCCGAAGUGGGCUGGGAGCUGCAGCGAGCGUUCCUGUGCCCGCUUGGUCCCGGUGCCUCCAGCCCGCCAGCCGCCGCCCCACGAAGUCCACCCCGGGCCGACACGCGCUACAUACCCCUGCAGUUGACCCACCUGGCACGGAAUCUGAAAUACCACGACGCCGAGAACCGGUGCAUAGAGCUGCACUCGCCUGAUGGAAUCCAUUCGUGUAUCCUGCGCGCCGUAGAUCCCCAGGAAGCGACCACCUGGUUCAACGCGCUUCACUCGGCCAUCGGCAAGAGCACCCAGAAGGCGCUACUGGACGCGAACCGAGCGCUGGCGUCAAUUAUCGGCGAGCUGAAGUUCAUCGGAUGGCUCAGCCGGAGGUGCGGCGGUGAACAGAACGGACGCUCCAGCUCGGAAAGCUCAGACGAAUUAGAUAAAUGGCAAUCAAUUUUCGUAGCCGUCACCGAUCGUGAAUUUCGACUGUACGAAAGCGCCCCCUGGUCGGUGGAGGCGUGGAGUCGACCGUUCGAGUGCAGCCCGCUGGUGACGACACGGUUGGCCGGUGCUGGCAACACUUCCACCGUAGGUUCAAACUCGACGACGAAAUUUGAUUUGCAGAGUGCCCAGUCCAGUGUGUUUUGCGUCCGCUGCGGUACCACGCGGGGUGUGGUUAGCCAUUGGCUGCGUUCGGAGACCAACCGGGACAUGGCGGCGUGGGCACGGGUGCUGGUCCAAGGGUGCCACAAUGCCAUCAUCUGCCAGCGGGAGUUUUCCUUUCGGUGCUUGUAUCAGGGCCGUCCGUGUCAGCUAAUCGUCCACCUGGAUCGGGGCUUCUGCCUGCUGGAUUCGGCCCUCGGCAGCACCGGUGGCUCCAAACAACCCCUGUGGUCGUUUUCGUUCGAUCGCCUGAAAGGAUCGGCCGACGACGGCAACAAACUGCUCUACCUGGACUUCUCCGGCAGUGAGGAUGGCGGCGAGAUCCUUAUUCGACAGGAACUGGACAUGGAGUGCUGCCCGAAGCCGGUGGUGUUUGUCUUGCACAACUGUCUGUCGGCCAAGGUGCACUCGCUGGCGUAAGGUCGUCACCAGCACUUUUUUUGGAAGUCGGAGUAAAAGAAAAGUAUUGUGUAUUCUUGAAAGAAAAAAAUCACUUUUGAUGUAACGAUUAGAUGAAGGAGAAUAGUUAUAAGAUAAAAACAAAUAAAAAAAAAACUGUACAUAUUACAGAAGGCUCAUCUGCAGCUGUCGGAAGAAAAAGAAACAAAUCACACUGUUUGUAACUACAGACACCACACACCAGUUGUUUAUGUUUUGUUUGCGUUAUCGUACAUACAGUAUAUAUAUAUAUAUUGAUACCUAUCAGUUCAGUUAUCUAGUUGAGGUAAGGUCAUGUAAAUUAAACGGCGAAUGUGGACGCAGUUUACGAUGAAUUUCACAUCAGGUGGUUUGGUAGCAUCCUCUCAGAAUGUAAUGAAUCUUGAUUAUUUUUUUCUCUACCACAAAAAGAACAGUAACAAACCUGUUGUGCAUAGGUGGUUUUUUAUUUAAUCUAAGUUUUUGGACAAUCCUUGUGUGAUAUUUAUAGAAAACACAUAAUAAUUGGGACUCAUCCUUCCCGACAAUAGAGGAUAUUUUUUUCUUUAAAAAAUGUAAGUGUUAGUUUGAAUUUGAGAACCUUUUCUGUAAAAAGUAAAUUACGGUGAAUUCGAAAAGGCGGUACAAAAAUUACCAAAACAUGUCGUUUCUUAUUUUUACUAAAUAGUUUGGAUUUUUAUCGAUCCGUAACAAAUAUAAAAAUGUGAGUUCCACCUAAAAAUAGCCUUUUUUUCAAAAAUUUCGCCUUGGAGACCUCCAAACGUCAUUUCUGAAAAUUACCGUCAUACGAAAGUUUGGUUAUAACAUCCUCAGCUAUAAUUUUCAAGGUAAGCCCCAAAAAAUUCCGAUGGCGUUUGGUUCCGGGUCAUUUGGCCGAACGCCAUUUGGCCAUAAUGGUUAUUCGGCCGAAUUCCAUUUGGCCGAAAGCCGUUUGGCCGAAAAAUUAAUGAUGAACUUAAGUGAUCAUGCCACUCCUCUGCGCAUCAGAAUAACUCGAAACAGCCCAUGAUCAGUGUUGCCACAGGUACAGAUUAUUCUGUACGGCACAGAUUACAGAUUUUCAGCAAAUGGUACAGAAUGGUACAGAAUUUUUUAAAUUGGGAAAAAAUCAUUAAAAUUCCAAUUUAGAACAUUUUUAAUACUGAUGUUUUUGUUUUUAAAGUUCAAAAAAAUGGUAACAGUAUACUCAAAUUAACAGUUUUUCAUAGUUUAGCAUGGAUUUCAUACUCCUUUUUGGGUAUUUCAAUUCAAAUGUGGUACAAAUUUGGUACAGAUUUUGGGUACAUUAGAUUUUUAGAAUAUCUGGUACAGAUAAAAAAGAUGUUUGAGCCUCCGGUACAGAUAAAAAUGUGGCAACACUGCCCAUGGUUCAAAGGAGGAAUGAUCUUUGAUAAAAUAUUGGCAGUUUCAAUGCCAACUUAUUCCUCAAUGUUAAAACUAGAAAGAAUAGUCUAUGAUUAAAAGAAGGAUAUAUUCCUUAUGAUCAUAUUGGUAGAGUUAGAAUGUCAAAAAAUUCCUAUGAAUUAUUUUGAUCAAGAUUCGGUCAAACGGCAUUCGGCCAAACGACCAUUCGGCCAGAUGGCAUUUGGCCAAAUGGCGUUCGGCCAAACGACAUCCGGUCAAAUGGCCAGAUAUUACUACUAGGAUUCUGGAUACACGAUAGUUCUUCCAAUUAAAAGCUAGGUUUCCUGAAUUGCUGAAUCCUAAAAAGAAUCCCUUAUAACCCUGGAAAUACUAAAUUGAUCCUACAGAAAUACAGUGAAUCUGAAAAGAUGCAAAUUACAAAAGCAUUAGGAGGAUUCAAAAAAAAGAUAUUUUGAACUUCCAAAAAUGCUGGAGAUUCCCGGAGCAAGCUGGAGGUGCUAAGAAAAGGCUAGAAAUACAUGGGAGAAAAUGUAGAAUUGAGCCAAAAUCCCAUUGUUCUAGUAAAAAGUUUAAGAUUUGUUGAAGAAUCUAGUGAAUUUUAAAUAUAUCGUGAAGCAUAUGGGAAUUUAUUAAAAAAAAAAAUGAGUGUUUCAAAACACAGCUAAGGAUUCUAGAAGCAUGCUAUUGUAAUUCCAUGAAAAAGAUGGUAGCUUCGAGGAAACAAAGAGAAAAAAAUGGGAUUUCAAGAAAGAAACUGAGGAUUCUGGCAAUAAACUUGUGAUUUUGGUAAAAAAAAUGAUGUUUCAAAAAAGAUAUAAGGAAGGCAAAGAGCUGAUUCUGAGUGUAAGGUGUCUGCUUGGAGAAAUAAAAACGUGUGAUUCAUAUCGAUGUCAGAAGAUUUAUUAUAGAUUUUUGAAGAAUUAUUUGACAUGGCGAUUGCAAGGAUGCCUCAGAGAUUCUUUCGAAAAUUUGUCCAAAACUUCUUUCAGUAAUCCUUUAAAUAUUCCACCAAAAAUCCAUCAAAUGCCAUUAAGUGAAUCAUCUUAAAAAUCUCCUCAGAUUCCUCCAGAAUUCCGGUCAAAGAUUCCUUUAAAAAUCUACCAGAGAAUUACUCCAAGAAUUUAUCCAGAGACUCCUGAUGAAAAUGCUCUAAAAAUCGUUAUUAUUUUCAUAAAUUCUCCAGGAACCUAUUCAUAUUUUCCUUAAGAGUUUCCUCCACAACUUUUCUCAAAAAAUCGUUCAGUAGUUUCUCCAAAGACUCUUCUGUAAAUUCUUUCAUAGAUUCCUCUAGGAAUUUCUCAAGAGAUUUCACCAGAUAUUUGUCUUGGAAUUUCUCCAGAGUUUUCACCUAAAAAUUUUCUAGGGUUUUCUUUAGAAAUUUUGUCAUCCUCUAGGAAUUCUUCCACAGAAUCCACCACAGAGUUCUUUCAAAGAUUCAUUCACGUACUUUUGCAGAGUUUUUUUCCACGAAUUUCUCCUGAGAUUUCCCUAGGAUAUUUUUAUAGAGACUCAAUAAGAAAGCGAUUGAAUUCUUCCCAAAAUUGUCUGCAGAAUUUCUCUGGGCAUUUCUUCAUAGGUUAAAGGAAUUACAUUAUUAUAGGAAUCGAAAGAUUUUCUCAGAGGAUUGUUUCAAAAGACUUAUAUUAGUUUUUUUAUUUUUUUCCUGGAAUCUUUCGAGCGAAUCUACCACCAACUCCUUUUGUGAACUCACUCAAAUAUCCACGAAUUCUACCACAUUCCUCAAGAGUAACUCCCAAGAAUAUUCUUAAAAAUACUUUCAGCAAUUUCUCCACCGAUUCCUUUAUGGAUUCCUUACAAGACUUCUCUUGGAAUUUUCCAAAUUAUCUCAGAGAUAUUCCUCUAGGAAUUUCACUGGAUUUUUCUUUUCAAAAAUCAUCCAGAAAUUUCUUUAGGAGAUACAGCAUAGUUCCAGCAAAAGUUCUUCCAGGAAUCGCUCAACAUAUUCACAUUGGUAUUUGUCCAGACAUUUCCCCAGAAAUUCUCCCAGAGAUUCUUCCAGCAACUCCUCUCAAGAUUUCUUUCAAAUUUUAUCCAAAGUUUCUUCAAAAAUGCUUUGUGUAAUUCUUCCCGAAGCUCUUCUAGAAGUUCUUUCAGGUAGCCCUUCAAAAAUUACUACAGAGAUCUCUUUGAUAUGGCACUGGAUGUUUAACAGACAGAGCUUUGUCUAUGAGUUGCGUUAGAGUUCCUUGCAUGAAUUAUUCAGGGUUACAUCCAGAAAGUCUUCACAAACUCCUCAAACAAUUUCUUCACAGAUUCCUCUAGAUAUUUGCAGAAUUACACCAAAGAUAUCUGCAGGAGUUCUAUCAAUAAAUAAAUAAAUCUAGGAUUUAUUUUGGAGAUUAGUCUUAUAACCCUGUCCGGGAGAAGCUAUUCGAAUUAACUCUAUAGAUUCACCCAAAGAUUCGUACAGAGAUUUAUUCAUUGCUCCACAAGUUUUUUGAAAGCUUCCUCUAAGAAUUCUACCGUGCUUACCUCCAUUAUAUUGCUCCAGCGUUUUCUCUUAGAAUUUAUGCAGAGAUACCAUCACAAAUUUAUGUAGAGCUUUUCGCAAUAAUUCCUCCAGCGAUUUCGCAAAACAAAAUAAUUCGGCGAUUAUUUUGGGAAUUUCCUCAGAAAUUCAUAUAGAAAAAACUUCAGAUAUUCCUCCAAGAACACUUCUUCAGUCAUUCAUCUGGUAAAUUGAGUUAGUGGUUUCUUACUAUAAAUUAUUCCUGAAAUUUAUACAGAUACACCUGCAGACUUUUUUUUAGAAAUUCAUCUUAGAAUUUCCCUCAUUAUUUUUCCAAGAGGUUCCUUUAGGUUUUCCUUCGGAAACUUCUUUACGAAUUGCUCAAAGAUUUUGUCAAAUUGUUUCCCAAUCACUAAUUCUGGGAAUUCUGGAAUCCAAGAGCUAAAAAAUCAGAAGAAUUCUUUGAAAGAACCUGGAGGAUCUGAAGGAUCAUCGAGAGAAAUUAUUGAUAUUAUCAUCCAAGAAACUCCUGAUGAGAACUCUGAAUAAAAACCUGGAGAAUUGUCUGUAAAAAUCCUGGAGGAAUAACUUGGAAAAGUGUCUUGUAGUUUUUCAAACGCAUUUUCUAGAGGAAACUUGAACUUUUUGGAAAAAAAUCUGGAGGAAUACUUCAAAGAAUAUUUGAAAGAAUGCUGGAAAACACUCUUAGAGGAAUCCUUAAAAAAAAUAUGCAGAAUUCUUGGGAGAAUUCCUAGAGAAAUCCUUGGAAAAUUUCUUGAAGAAAUUCUUGGGAACUUCUAGAAGGAAGUAAAAAAAAACUUGCAGGAAUCCUUGGAAGAUUUUUUUAAUCUUGAAAGAAUUCGUGGAGAAAUACUUGGAAGAGUUCCAAAAGUAAUUCUUAGAUAAGUUUGCUUGGUGAAUGCUUGUAAGAAUUCAUAAAGGAAUGCUCGAAACAAUUCCUGAACUUCUUCCUUGGAAGAAUUCUUGAAGGAAUCAUUGGAAAAUUCCCGGAGAUACCUUUGAAAGAAUUUUUGAAGGCGUUAUUGGAAGAAUCCCUGAAAGAACCCUUGGAAGAAUUUUCGGAGGUAUGAUUAAAAACUCUUGAAGGAAUGUUCGAAACAAUUCCUGAAAAAAUCCUUGGAAGAAAUUUUGAAGGAAUCCUUGUUUCCAACAAAUAUUUGAAAGAAUUCUUGGAGGAAUUCCUAGACUGCCGUUCUACGCCCGAUUGUCCCAUGUUAUAUGGGAAUCCCAUAUAACAUGGAACAAUCAUGCAUGUAACGGCAGUAGAGGAAUGUAUUUUUGUAGGAAUGCUUCUGCAUAGACUAAUCUUUGGGAAAAUUCUUGAAGGAAUGCUUGAAAGCAUUUUUAAUUUCUGGGGAAUUUCGCAAAAAAAAUCCUGGAGGAAUUCUUGUAAGAAUGCUCGGAUCAACUGGAGAAGUCUUUGGAAGAGUUCCUGGAGGAAUCAUCAAGAGAAUUUUCGCUGGAAUUCAUGGCAGAACUUCGAAAAGAAUUGUUGGAGGAAUGCUUGGAAGAAUACUUGGAGAAAUUCUUCGAAGAAUUCGUGGAAGAAUACUUAUAAGAAUUUCUUGAGAAAUCCUUGGAAGAACCCCUGAUGAAAUCAUUGGAAGAAUUUCUGGAGCAAUCCUUGGAAGAACUUUUCGAGCAAUUCUUAGAAUACUUGGAAAAAUUCCUGGAAAAAUAUUUGAAAGAAGUCCUGGAGGAAUCCUUAGAAAAAAUGUCAAGAACGCAUAGAAGAAUUCCUGGAAGGAAGCUUCGGAACAAUUCCUGGAGAAAUCCUUGGAAGAAUUUUUGAAGGAAUCCUUGAAAAAAUCCUAGAAAAAUUCUUGAAAAAAAUCUUGGAAGAAUUUCUGGAGACAUCCUUGGAAGAUUGUUUUGGAGAAAUUCUUAAAAAAAUCGUAGAGAAUGCUUGGAAAAUUUGUGAAGGAAUUCAUGGAUGAAUCUUAAGAUACAUUCUUCUAGGAAUGUUUCUGGAGGCAAUCUUCUAGGAAUUUCUGGAGGCAAUCUUGGAAGAAUUUCUACAGGAAUCAUUAGUAGAGUUUUUUGGAGAAAUUCUUGGACGAAACGGCAAGACAAUUGCGAGAGGAAUCCUUGGUAGAAUUCCUGGAGAAGUUCUUGGAAGCAUUCUUGAAAGAGUACUUAAAAGAAUUCCUGGAGAAAACCUUGGAAGAAUUACAAGAGGAAUCGUUGGGAGAAUUGGUAAAGCAAUUUAUGUACGAAUAUUUUGAAAAUUCUUGGAAGAAUUCUUGAAAAAAAUCCUGGAGCAAUCCUUACAAAAAUUCUUGGAGAAUGAUCAGAAGAUUUCUUGGAAGAAUACUUGGAAACAUAGGAGGAAUUCAUGGUGGAAUACUUGGAAAAGAUCUUGCAUUAAUUCUUAAAAGAAUGCCUCGAUUCGAGGAGUUCCGAGAACAGUUUCUGAAAGAAUGGUUUGAAAAAUAUGUGGCUUGAUACGGGGAAAAUUGGAGAAAUCACCGAGAAUUCUAUGACAAAACUCAUCAAGAAUUAUAGAAGGAAUGCUUCAGAAAAAAAAACCGGAGGAAAUCCUUGGAAGACUGUCUGGAGAAAUCUUUGAGAAAUUUUCUGGAGAAAUAAUUGAAACGAUUCCUUGAGGAAUCCUUGGAACAAUUUCUGGAGGAUUCUUUGGAAAAAAAUGCUGAAGGAAUUCCUAGAAGAAUUUUUCAAAGAAUCAUAGGAAAAAUUUCAAGAGCAAUCUUUGGAAGAAAUCCUGAAGGAGUCAUUGAAGUAUGCUGAUACGAAGAAUUACCAGCGAAACGAAUGGAAAGUUGAGAAAUCUUUCUUAAAAUUCCCGGGGAAUGCAAUGAUAGAAUUCGAGGACAAAUUGUUUGUAUGCAGCAAUCUUUGAAAAACCUCCAGGAAGACUUCUCGUAAGAAUUCCUUGGGAAAGGAAGAAUUAUUGGAGAAAUUCUUGGAAGUAUUCCUAGUUGAAGAGGAUUCCGUGAAGGAUUUCCUGGAUGAAUCCCUGGAAUCCUUUGUAGGCUUCGUGACUGAGCGGUUUAGCAGCGUCAGCCAUUUAGUUAUCUCGUAAGCCUCGAAGUGUGGGUUCGAUUCCCGCUCCAGUCGUGGAAAACUUUUCGUCAAACGGACAAUUCUCCACUGGGCCACUGGGUGUUAUAUGCGUUGUCCGUUGUGUAAUGUUAGUAAUAUUCAGUUUGGGUGGCCUCUGGCCGAAGACGGAGUAAUUGUUUUUAGAAAAAAAAAAUAAUAGGGAAUCGCGCCACUUGGGCGGUGGUUUCUAUAUUCGUCUGUUUUCCACUAUAACUCAGUCAAAUUUGAACCAAUUGACACAACUUUUGGAGUGUGGUGAGAUAGGUAUAGUAUCUACCCGUGUACAACAUUUCAAGUCAAUUGAUUCAAAAUUAACUGAGUUAUAGUGGAAAACAGACGAAUAUAGAAGCCACCGCCCAAGUGGCGCGAUACCCUAUAAAAAAACUGAAAAAAUCUUUGGAACAAUUUCUGGAGGAUUCUUUGGGAAAAAAAUACUGAAGGAAUUCCGAAAAGAAUUUCUCGAAGAAUCAUAAGAAAAAUGUCUAGAGCAAUUUUUGGAUGAAAUCCUGAAGGAGCCAUUGAAAAAGGCUAUUACGCAGAAUGUCUGGCGAAAUGAAUAAAAAAUUGAGAAAUCCUUCUUAAAAUUUCCGGAGAAUUAAAUGAAAGAAUUCAAAGAUAAAUCAGUUGACACACUGCAGCAAUCGUUGAAAGAACCCCAGGAAGAAUUUUCCUAAGAAUUCUUUGUGGAAGGAAGAAAUCCUGGAGGAAUUCUUAAAAGUAUUCCUAGUUUAAGAGGAUUCCGUCAGAAAUUUACUGGAGCAAUCCUUGGAAAAAUUCCUGGAAUAAUCUUUGGAACAAUUUUUGGAGAAAUUUUUGGAAUAACUCCAAAGGAAAAACUGUUUACGAAUCCUACUAAGAACUAUCGGUGAUAUGACAGGAUGAACUCCUAGAAAAAUUCUGUAAAGAAAUCUCAUUUUCUAAAUUCAUAGAAGAAUUUAUUGAAAUAAUUCUGAAACAAAUCAUUCAAAGAGUUUCUGCAACAAUGCUUGAUAUAAUUUCCUGAAAAGUUCUUGGAAAAAUUUUCUAAAAUAUGUCUGGAGGAAUUUUUGGAACUAUGCCUAUUCUUAGUACAUUUUCUAAUGGAACAAUGGAUAACAUAUAUUACGAAACUGUUUACGAAUUACAGUAAGAAUUAUUGGAAAAACAUUCUGAAGAAUGUUGGGAAAAUAUUUUUAGGAAUCCUUGAAAAAAUCACUAGGAAAAUUUAAAAAAAAAUUAUAGAGAAAUGCUUAACAUUUAAUUGAAAGAAUUCCUGUCGAGAUGUUCGAAAUCUCUGCAAGACCCGUGAAAGAAUUUCUGCAUAAAUCACAUAGGGGUUGUAGUGGAAUUUUGAAAAAAAAAAUUGAAAGUAACUUUAAAGGUUUCUCCGAGAAAGCUUUGGAACAGUUCUAGGAGAAAUUUUCAGAAUAACUCCUCAAGGUAUGGUUGAAAUACUAUUUUACGAUCCUAGUGAGAAUUAUUGGUGCUAUAAAUGGAUGAAUUCCUAGAAAACCUCUUAAAAAUAUCCUGGAGCAGUCGUUUUUUAUUUUAUUUUAUUUUUUAUUCAUUGAAAUAAUUCUAGGAGAGUUUCUGAGCAAUGUUUGAAUGAGAUUUCUGAUAAAUUUAUGGAAAAAAUCAAUUGAAAAUAUCACGGAGGAAUCUUUGGAUAAUAGUUAUUUAUGUAACGAGUUGCAAAAAGUUGAUUGUUUCAGCACGAGUCGUACCUACAGUUGGAUAAAUACGAAGAGUGCUGAAAAAAUCGAGUUUUGCAACAGGUUCCAUACAAAAUUUAAUUCAAUGAUUUUAUCAUUAUACAACUCAUUUAAGUUGCAUAAUGUUUAUAAUGCAAUUCAAAUGAGUUGCAUUAUUAACAUUAUGCAACUAUUUUUCAUUAUGCAACUCAUUUCCGUUGCAUAACGAAUCAGUUCGGAAAAAUUGGCCAUUAUGAUACCAAAAUGAGUCCUAUAAAAUGGAUAGUAUGAUACUGAAUUGCAUAAUAGUUAUUUAUGCACCGAGUUGCAAAAUGAUGAUUUUUACAGCACGAGUCGUACAUUUAUCCAACGAGGCUUGCCGAGUUGGAUAAAUACGAAGAGUGCUGUAAAAAUCGAGUUUUGCAACGAGUUGCAUACAACAUUUUUUGCAAUGAUCAAAAAUAUUCACUAGAAUUUGAUCAUUUCCAUCAGUACCAUCAUGUUUCGCGGUAGUUCAAUGAGAACGACCACGUGCUUCAACAUACUAGACCCAAAGUUUGGAUCAAGCAAGCUGUGCUAUAACCGUCACAUUUGUGCAAGCUCUUACCGUGGGAACGGUGGCAACCAAGGUGAAAACUCAGAUUGUUGAUCAAACAAUUGCAUUAUGGUUCAUAAUGCAACCGAAAUAAGUUGCAUUAUGAACCAUAAUGCAACUGUUUGAAAUAGUGCGAAAAAGUAGGCCGUUUCGGUGCCAAGACGGCAAGUGUAAAGUAAGUAUUUAUAAUGCCGAGUUGCAAAAAAUACAUUUCGAAACUGUUUGCGAAUACUAGAAGAGUUAUUGGAAAGUUUCCUGUAGAAUUUAGGAAAGCACUUUUUUAGGAAUCCUUAGAGGAAUCAUUAGGAAAACUUUCAAAAUAUAAAUGUGGAGAAAUCUAAGUAAAUAUGCUUCAGAUUUCAUGCUUUAAUGCUUGAAAUUUCUGCUCGACACUUCAAAGAAUUUCUGCGUAAAUCUCAGAGGAAUUGUGGUGAAAUUUUCGGAAGAAUUCGUGAAAGCACUCGAAAGAAAUCUAUGUAGGAUUUACUGGAGGAAUUCGAGGAGAAAUCUCCGAAUUAAUUUCAGGAGGAAAACAAUCGGAAAGAACUAUGGAAGCAGCUCUGAAGGAACUCAUAUAGAAUUUUGGCCUACAUUUUGUGGAAGAAUCUCAUGAUAAGUUCCUAGAAGUAUUGGAAGAGAAUCAAUUCUUCUUAGAGAUGUCUGUUUCAGUUUUUUUCAACGUAUUGAAAAAAAAAAACAAAUUCAAACAGAAAAAAAAUAAAAAGUGUAUGCAGUUCUGGUGGGCUUUGAACCCACGACUACCUGGUUUGCCAGGUGAGACGCGUGAACUAACUAUGCCAUCGCACCGGUAAUAAUUUUGUGUUUCUGUCUAUGGACUUCUGCAUUUCUGAAAAGGUGCUACCAAACCCGAGAAACCCGAGUUGCCGUGAAAUUCGUCCUCUUUCAUUGAUUUGUAGUGAAAUUCUGUUGUGUGAAAUAGAUGUUCGAAGCAGAAGAAUCACCGUAGGAGCCGGUGGCGCUGGGGUGGUAAAACGAUCAGGAAAAGUUUUCAGUGACUGGAUUGUGAUGAUAGUUCAACUGUUUUCAGUUAGGUAAAGUUUGUCGCUCCACAAAAGAAACAAAAGAGAAUCCUGAACAAAGAAGUCCGAUCGGUACUUUCGUCUUCAAUAGUUUACUUUUUCUAUCGGGCAGAGUGAAGAACGUAUCAAGGCGCAACUCACUAACUAGGAAAAUAUGUUAAGUUGGUACAGUUUUAUUGAAAAUUUAAAGAUAUUUAAUUAGCGAAGCUAAUGGUGAAAAGAAGAAGAAAAAAAAACUUAGGUUAAGUUGGGCAGCUCUUCUGGUGCAUCGAUUGGUCAGUAUGGUGUGACUUGGGAGCUGGAAUGGAAAAAGUGAAACAAAAGACAAGUUCAUCUCGGGACCCAUGCUUUACUUCUAUUCACAUUUUGCGAGUUUGUGAGGAGUGUGAUUCAAUCCCAGGUUCUCAACGCGAUAGGAACAUGCUCGAUCACACCAUCACACCAGAACCGCUAUACAAAUUUGAGAUCAAAAUCGGUUAAUUGAGAGGUUAUAUUUGAGCGAAAACUAUCAAAAUUUUAUGAAAUAAACUUUGUUAUUUGUUUAAUGUUCUCAUAACGCUUUCAGUAUUUUUCUGUUUUUGUUUUUUCGAUUUUUUUUUCUUUUUUUUAUCAUUUUUCCUUAAUUUUUUACCAUACCUUUCAACUGUCGCAAACCCCUUUCACCUUCAAAAGAAAAAUCAAAUUCCUCCCACCGUAUUCCAAUGAUGUAACAACGAAGACUUUGGCUUGUUCACCAGCUCGGCCCAGCCAUCACCGUCGUUAUCGUUAUUUUAAUUAAUUUAAUUAACUUCCCGAAGAACGGGAACGAAACGGAAGGCACCAGAGCGGAGCUCGAAACGCGUUGAAAGAAAACGACGAGCGCCAAACUUUUCCUCCUGAGAGAACUGCAUAAUUUCACUUCUACACUGACUGUGGGUACGGACGGAGCAAACGGUGGGACGGAAACCGGAAAACAUGGAAAAGCUCGCCUGAGAAAAAGAAAGAAAAAAUCACCAUCAUCCAUUAGGGAGGUAUUGAACGAACCGACCAACCUAACGGUCGGUCCGACCGUUCGGGCAGCGAAAGUAUAAUCUUCAUAAUAGUUCCAGGCAAAAGUACUGCGCUGCUGUUGCUGGCUGCAUCCAUCUGCGUUCCUCUGCGCUCCGGCGGACGACUCCGGCGGACCGGAGUUGCGAUGAACUUGAGUUUGUUCGGAAUCAAAGUUUGUCCAAGUCUGCAGGAAGGCGCCAAACUGUUGGGGAUAGACGACGAGGAGGAAGAGAAGGUGGAGAUACUCUGUCCAAGUUAGUUUUGAUCUUCUGUCUUUUCUGUUUUCUUGGCCGGAAGCCGCCGCCACCGCCACCGUCCACCGUAGGUUUUUGUUAGGAGUUAGGUAGAUUCAGGCUGCGGCGUUUAGACGAGAAAGAUGAUGCCUUUCUAUUGUUCACGGGAGAAAUGGAGCGCCCCGAAUAAAAUUUGAAAGUUUCUUAGAGUAUUAAUUAGAAGAUUUCUAAUAAUUUUACUCAUAUUAUCAAUUUAUCAAAGAUUUUUUUUUGCAAAUUGGACUUGGAGUUUCCCAAAGAUUUUUCAAUAGUUUUUAUGGAGUGAACUUUGUUUUUAAGAUUUUUUUUGCAAUUUCUUAUCGCAAAUCUGUCAGAAAAAGGCCUACUUUCCCAUACCAAAUUAGCAGUGCUGUAAUGGUUUAUUACAGCAUUAGUUUGCGUUGCGUAAUUAGCCAUUACAACGCUGUUUUCAGUUAUGACAAAUUUCUGGAUGCUUUCUGGACGCAGGUUUGAAAAAUUGUGACAACUGCACAAUAUAAUCUGCUAUGAUCAGACUUUCUUAAAAUUUGCUAUGAACAUCAGUGUACAGUUUGAGAAAGUUUUGUUAAAAACUAUCCACCUUCAUUCUGCACCUUGUUGCGUAAACUACAAUUUUGUCUUUACAAGCGAGAUUUUUAACUUGAGGCAAGUUCAUUUCGAGACCUACGGCUCACGUCCCUUCCAAAGAAAAAACCUACAUUUUGUGAGUGUUGGAAGUGGGAUUUGACCCCGGAUCCUCGGUGUGAUAGACAUAUGCCCUAAUUUCCUCACCAGGUGGAGCAUCCUUUCAAAAUGUUUAAUCUAGGCCUUGUGAUGAAUCAAAAUGACGUAUAGUUCAAGUGGUUGCAACUAUUCAAACAUUAUUACGGUUUUUAAACGACUGGGUAAUAUUGUUAUGAAACUUCUCAACCCAAAAAAGGGGAAAUAGCCCACAAAAGUUCGGUAUAUCCACUGGUUUUACCGGGGUUUUUAGUGUUUUUCGUCUUUUUUGAGAUAUUUUGGCUUGGGAAAUCUGGUAUCGCCUCCCCAGGGCAUCACCCAUUUAGCUGGUUGAAUUGCUUGAAUUACUAGUGAAAAAUUAAAAACAUUGCACUAUUCACUUUUGCAAAAAGAAAAAAAAACUAAAAAUUACUUUUAAAGAAAAACUAGAAAAGGACGAGCAAAUGACGAAUUUCGCGCCAACUCGACCAACGGUUGGCAGCACCCUCUCAGAAUCGAACGAAACUUUGUGGGCAUAAACAAUAGGUCUUUCUAAGCAACUUUGCAUAUUUUGUUUUUCGAAAUUUUUCAAGAGUAACAUUUGAAGAGGGCCUAUUUUUUUCAUAGAUUUUUUUUCAAAUCGAUGUA